GGCAGCGGCGGCCCUCGGGCCGGCUGGUGAGGCGAUGGCGGCGCCGGGCCCGGGGGCUGGGGCAGCCUCGGGCGGCGCUAGCGGCGGCGCCGGCGCCAGCGGCGGCGCCGGCGCCAGCGCCGGCGCGGGAUCCGCGUCCUCCGGGAUCGGCGGCCGGUUGCCCAGCCGGGUGCUGGAGUUGGUGUUCUCCUACCUGGAGCUGUCCGAGCUGCGGAGCUGCGCCCUGGUGUGCAAGCACUGGUACCGCUGCCUCCACGGCGAUGAGAACAGCGAGGUGUGGCGGAGCCUGUGCGCCCGCAGCCUAGCAGAAGAGGCUCUGCGCACGGACAUCCUCUGCAACCUGCCCAGCUACAAGGCCAAGGUACGUGCUUUCCAACAUGCCUUCAGCACGAACGACUGCUCCAGGAAUGUCUACAUCAAGAAGAAUGGCUUUACAUUACAUCGGAACCCCAUCGCUCAGAGCACCGAUGGUGCAAGGACCAAGAUUGGUUUCAGUGAGGGCCGCCACGCCUGGGAAGUCUGGUGGGAGGGCCCUUUGGGCACUGUGGCAGUGAUAGGGAUUGCUACGAAACGGGCCCCCAUGCAGUGCCAAGGUUAUGUGGCUUUGCUGGGGAGCGACGACCAGAGCUGGGGCUGGAAUCUGGUGGACAAUAAUCUACUACAUAAUGGGGAAGUCAAUGGCAGCUUUCCACAGUGCAACAAUGCACCCAAAUAUCAGAUAGGAGAGAGAAUCCGAGUCAUCUUGGACAUGGAAGAUAAGACUUUAGCCUUUGAGCGUGGGUAUGAGUUCCUGGGGGUUGCCUUCCGAGGACUUCCAAAAGCCUGCUUAUACCCAGCAGUUUCUGCAGUAUAUGGCAACACAGAAGUGACUUUGGUUUAUCUUGGAAAACCUUUGGAUGGAUGACAGUGGCUUUCUGGAAAGGACAGUGGAGAAGAGAUCUAUGUGUGGAAAGUAGAACCACGAAGUGAAGUAUCAUGUGUGCAUGCCCAAGAAACAUCCUGAAGACACAUGAAGUUGAGAACUAGAGAAGCAACUCUACAACAGAGAUGGUCAUAGUGUUUCCUCUUUCCACUGGGCCAGAAAAUCCUCAGGGUUGCAGUUGGUUGAGUGGGCAGUUGACAGACAUAUGCAUGUUGUCACAGAGUCUUCUCUAAGUUAGCAGUGUGUGACUUCCAGCUUAAAGGUGAGCGUGUAGAGACGCUGUAGGAGGGAAUCGCAGGAGUUUAUGUAGAGUUCAUGGAGAAGGCUCGGUCCCAUCUUACAUCUGCCUGUCCCUCCUCCAGUCCCUUUAUUUCUAGCCAGCUUGACUUAGAAAGUAUGAAACUGGCUGGGUUUUAUUUAAUAUUUUUAAUAUAUUGAGAAGCAUGGUCUGCCUGGACUGCACUUCUCUAGCAAUGAGAAAUAAAAUCGUGCAGCUAUUUUAAAAGUUGUAUAUAUAAUGUAUAUAAAACUGUAAAAAAAGGGGGGCAAAGGCAUUGCUUUGUUCUACUUCAAUUUCUUAAAAAUCACUACAUGGUACAACAUUAGAGUGACAUUAGGGGACAGUAGGGUAGGAGAGAGAAGAGGAGACAUGUGCUGGCUCAUUUGGUAGUGUUUGGGCUCAUAGUCCAUGGCUAGAAGAGAAUUAUGAUAAAGGUUCCUCAGUUGGUUAAAGGCGGGAAGCAGGUCUACUUACAAUUAUGCAUAUGCCCAGGGCUGAUUCAGAAGUAUAGGAAUGUGCCUCCUGGCAUCUGGCUUCAGUGUUUGGCCUUCUGAGAACUGGUCUCCACACAGAACAGUCUCAGCUGCUCUUACAGUACUCAGUAUGAGCACUGUUAGUAUAAACCCUAGCAGAACACAUGGUCAGCGGUUCUUUUAUUUCUUAACUUUAUAAUGCUGUAGAUGUUAUGAAGAAUUUUUAAUUUCAUAUUGUUUACAUUAUACAACAGUCGAGGCCUCAAAGUCUCCAUUGGGGCUGUCAUCAAAUGUUUACUCACCCGUCUGAACCAGUGCCGGCCUGCACCAGGUCAGGCCAGAGUGUUCCUAAUCACCUAGGUGUUGCCCCCUGGGAUUUAAUGCUGAAAACUUCAGGUUGGCAGCAAUAUGGAAGCUUCAUUGCAAAGAGGUGAAUGUUAUUUCCUGUUUUAACCCCUAAAACUUCUCACUAACACUUAGCACAUGAGCUGAGGUGGCUGUUGAUUUUUUUCUUUUGCUAGAACAGAAACAUCUUUCUGUAUAAAAGGAUAAUUAAUAUGGUUCCGAUACAUAAGAAUUGUUGAAGGCAAGUAAAAUCUUUGUACUUUUUACAUGAUUGCUGUAUGUAUAUUUUGUUUUAAAUCUAAUAAAAUUAGGGACAGAGAGCAGCUUGCUGGGGUUCUUGAGGCCCUUGAUAAUUAAAUUUGUCAAUACUGCUAUGAAGCAGGAGGCUUGGCCACACAACGGUCUGUAUCGCCUCCUGAGAGGGUUACAGGUAUUUAUUGUACAUUUGAUCUGUUGCUUGAGAAAGAGAAAUUUGUUAAAGAUUCUUUUGAUAAUCUGUAUCAAGAAGAAACCUUGUACAAAGUGGAAUUAUAUGUAUUAGAGAAGAUAGCUGGCCCAGGAAUUGUUUUGGUUUUCCUGUUUUUUUGUGUUGUUUCGUUUCGUUUUGUUUUUCUGCUCUAGAACAACUCAAUAUGGUGGCAUUUAAGAAUUGAUGAAAGCCCUGGUUAAGGAUGGAGACUGACUGGUUAAGAGGAUGGAGACUGACUAGUUAAGAGGAUGGAGACUGACUGACUAGUUAAGAGGAUAGAGACUGACUAGUUAGGAGGAUGGAGACUGACUAGUUAAGAGGAUGGAGAGUGACUAGUUAGGAGGAUGGAGACUGACUAGUUAGGAGGAUGAAGACUGACUAGUUAGGAGGAUGGAGACUGACUAGUUAGGAGGAUGGAGACUGACUAGUUAGGAGGAUGGAGAGUGACUAGUUAGGAGGAUGGAGACUGACUAGUAGGAGGAUGGAGACUGACUAGUUAGGAGGAUGGAGACUGACUAGUUAGGAGGAUGGAGACUGACUAGUUAGGAGGAUGGAGACUGACUAGUUAGGAGGAUGGAGACUGACUAGUUAAGAGGAUGGAGACUGACUAGUUACAAGGCGCCAGCAGUCCAUAUAUACUUGCUGCCUCUUCAGCUGUGACGGCCCCUCAAGCUUCUCGUGAGUUUGAUGCAUAACUUCUGUUUUUUGUCUUGUUGUUGGUAAAUAUUCAUUCGCAACAAGUUUUUGAAGGUGCUGACUGGAAAACAAAAUCACGUGGUUAUUCAUUUCUCAUUGAACUUAGAGUCGGAUAAUUGCCUAACAAUUUAACACCAAGCUGUUCUCUCUGUGUCUUGUCUUGUUUUUGGUUUUUUAAAAGACUGGUUCUCACUUUGUAGCUCAGGCUAUCCGUGAUCUCACAGCGGUCUCCCUACGUCAGCCUCCCCAGAACUGGGAUUAGAGAUAUAAGCUACAUUCCCAGAACAACAAGCCAUUUUAGCUCAAAGAUUUGAAUGUUCCUAGUUAGGAUGGGCAUCUAGAGAACAGAGGACCUUCAUUUAUAACCUGAUCUAUUUACUAGAAAUCUUGUUACUAGAGACCAGUAGUGGCUGCCCAGAUCAUUAAGGCAAACUGCUCAGUGUUGAAGGAAGUCAUGUUCUUGUUGGUGCUUAAAGAGCGUGUUUCCACACACAGUUGUACCUGAGUCAGUGCUGCUCAAGUAUGGCUGGAUCUCAGAGUGGCUUAAAACAUACUAAGCUUGGGUCCGUAUCCUGAUUCUGGUGUCAGAACUGGGAUAUGCUCUGACCAUAAGGAUUUAAAAAUGCCCUGGUUUCAGAAUGCUACCAAAGGUUGAGAGCAGUUGUGCUCAAUUUCCCUUAGAGGUUUCCCAUCUACAAAGUAGGAAAUUCUUGCUCCCCUCACUACCUCACAAGGAUACAGAGGGUGCACGAGAGCGCACUGGGAGUGUUGGCGUUGUGGGUAGAGGACGCUGUAGAAGUGCAAGCAUCUGUCACAGUUCUCAAUUUCAGCUGCAGCCGCGAUCGAAAACGGAUAAUUGAAUUUGUUGUUGUUGUAGGAAGCUCUUAAUGUGAUUCCGUGAGGAAGCAUGUAGGGGUGGAGCAAACGUUGAUGACUACUCUUAUUCACUAUGGUCUUCUAGCCUACUUGAAACUGGCGGUUAUAUUAUCUAAGUUUUCAUAGGAAAGAAGAAAUAUUAAGGCUUAAUUCUGUAAUGUUCAUUGGCUCAUAAUUCAUUAAAAAGUUCAUACAAGGAA